UUUUAAAUAAUCUCGCUUUAUUUGCUGUACUUUUUUUUAGAGCAAAGUUAUGUGCCUUUAUGCGGUAAAUUUUCAAAAAGUGUAUUACUUUAAAAUUGUUUGUGCAAUUGAGGGCGUUUUUAUUUUGGAAAAUCUUGUUCGUGAGACCAACAAACCCAGUGGCCAGCAAGCAUGGGGAAUGUGCUCGCCAGCCAACCCUACAGCCAGGAGGACAGGGACAAGCUUUUUCGUCUGUUCGGCAUACGCAUGGCCAACGAGGGCGAUGACAACACCUUACCAACUGGUCGAGGUACUCAAAAGUACUCAAAAGCUUCGGAUCGUCGUAUGGAAAUCAAAUUGGAUCGCUUGAACGAGCAGGCGCGCAUUGAGGAAUAUCCCGAAGGCAAAAAAUCAAUUGAGCCACAAUUGCAAUUGUCGGUGCCAUAUCCCACAGCCAUACCGGCCACCAGUAACAACAACAAUAACAACAACAGUAGCGGUAGUAGCAGUAUCAGUAGCAGUAACAGUGGCAGUAACACAAUUACUGCCAUCAACAUGGGGGAUCAAGCGAUGCAGCAGAAUGAGCCCGACCCUGAGCGACAAAAUCCUGGCUGUGUUGGCGAUAUCCAUCGCAAAUGUCGGGAUGUACAGCCGACGCCCUUUGAGGGUCUCAAGUUUAUUGUAAACAAGACAGUUAACAAUAAUUUCUUCAUUGGGCACACCCUACAGUUGGGCAAACCACAGAACUCUAAGUACUUUUUCAAUGCCACCUAUGCGGGUAAAGGGGCCGCGGCCUUCACCAAGGAAUCAUACCCCAUGCUGACGGGUGAGAUGGAUACGGCUGGUAAUUUGACGGCCACAUUACUGAAUUACCUGACGCCACGUCUGCGCACGAAAUUGCGCGCCGCCAUAAUCGAAUCCAAACUGGUGGAUGCCAAUUUCAGUGUGGAUUAUAUGGGGGAUGACUUCACCUGCUCCUGUGUGGUGAGCAACAUUGAUUUCAAGAGACGCACGGGACUUGCUGUGGCCUCCUAUUUGCAGGAGAUUGUCCCCAAGUUGGCGAUAGGUCUGGAGCUGGUUUAUCAAAGCGAAGAUUGUGUGCCCGGCGGCGAGGUGGCUGCUAUCUCUGGCCUAGCGCGCUACGAAAAUGGCAGCAGACUAUGGUCCGGCAUGAUAAAUGUAAACUCUUUGGAGAUGUGCUAUACACAGAGCUAUGGGGAGAGCCUUAAGGCCAGCGUACAUAUGCAUGCCAACAUAUUGAAGCGGCAGGCAAUCACACGUUUGUGCUAUCAAUGCGACAUACCCAAGGGGCAUUUCACGUUUCGCGGCUCCGUAGACACGCGCGGAGUCAUCAGCGGGGUGUGCGAGAAGCGUUUGGUACCAAUGCCCAUGCUCCUGGUGCUUAGUGGAAAAUUAAAUCACUUAUCCAGUCAUUUUCGUUUUGGAGUCGGUGUGGUGCUGGAUUAGUUGUGAACAGAUUUCUAAAUCAUAACCCCAGUCAUACAACCGAUGUAAAUCCUUGUCUUUAUCUUUACGUCUCUGGAAUUAUCUAACUUGUUGUGAACUGGUAAAAAGUACAUAUAUGUUUGUAAUUGUUAUAUGAGAGUGCCUCAAUGAACUUGAAAUUAGCCGCGAAGCCGUAUAUUGCACACAAAGUAUUUCGAACUCAAAUGGGGGAUUUUUGGCUACAGAGUGACAAUUAUGUGAGCAUGUGAAAAAAACCUUUGCUCUAAUAAUCAAAAUUACUAAUAAAAAUUAUUGUGCCCUUCAUUUGGCGCCCAAACUUUUAAUGUUACAGUAA